GACCGUCCUCUGACAGAAAUCAUCGGACAAACAUUUCCAUCGUUUGACCACCAAUCCAUCGUAGUCAAGCCCUUCGAAGAAGAAUCUGCGCGAGAUGUUGCCUUUUCUCAAGAACUUAGCGCGAUGUUGCUGGACGUGGUCCUCGAAACGCAUGCCUGGGCAUCGGCACGGCCCAAACACGAAAGUCAGGUUGCGGUGCAGAAGUUUGAGAAGAAGAUAUCCCAAGUCAUGGAGGUCGAGAAGGAGCAAGGCAUGUCGCCGUUCUCUCUGUCGUCCCUUCCUUCCGUUAUCUUUGAACAAACGCGGGAACGCCUCAACGAAUUUGUCUCUCGUAUGAAGACUGCUCUGGCUGCGCUUACCGGUCUC